AUGAUGAAUUUCUCCCAAUAUCAUCAACCUUUGUCCCACAACCCAACCAGCAGCAGCAGACAAGCAUCCGAAGUAGCUGCUCAAAUUUUUCUCAAGCAAAACCUAGAAAAGACAAAUGUUUUAGACAAUAUCUACAACAAAUCCAAUGAUGAGUUAUGGAUAGAGACUUGGCUUCAACAAAACAACAUACACCGCCCUUUGCCGAAACUCAGAAAAGUUUAUGUCCCUCAGGAUGCUAUGACUAUACGUCAGGCCAAAUUGCUUUUGAAUAAAUGCUUGAUGAUGCUACAAAAACUCAAAAAGUUACAACAAAGCCUAGAAAAAGAGUUGUCAACAAUGUCUGAGGCAGAAUGGAAAAAGAAGACCCUAGAAAUUACUACACUAAAAACCGAGUUUACUAAAAUCAUGUUUAAAUUCAAUAAAGCUGAUGUAAUGAAAUAUUUGAAUAUCACCAUUAGGACAAGGAGAAAGCGCAGACUCAACGAUCAAAAACGAAGAUCAAAGAAAAUAUUGGUCAAACAAGAAAAUGAAGAAAAAAGGAUUAAAGCGCAUAAAGACAUCGAUCAAUGGUUGGCCAAUAAAAAAGAGGAAGUUGAAAAAGUCAAAAUGGAAGAAGAAAUGCAAAAAGACGCUGACUUGGUGCUGUCUGAAGUCACCAAGAAAAGAAACGAUGCUCGUAAACAAUUGUCACUGAUUAGUGCACUUGUUAAAUUGCGCACUGUACGAGAACAAAUGGCCAAUCAGCGUGGCGAAAAGCUAAACCUAGAAGACAAGAGAGCGUUUAGCAUCACCACAGAAAAGUUGGUAAAAAUGUGGGAAAACACUACAGUGGUUUAUUUGAAGGAAGAACAAGGACUGAGGCUUAUGUUAGAAAAAAAUCAAAUCGAAGAUACCAGACAAGCCAAGCUAGCCAAAGAACGUAGAUUGGUUGAAGAAUGGAAAACUGUCCUUUUCAGCCCAUUGCACGCGAUUCCUUCGAAUUACCCGACGUUUUGGGCCCUGACCGCAGCGGAAAGGGACAUAGGCACUUUUGUAGCAAUCAGGAGAAGCUGGGAUACUUUCUUGGUGCCUCAACAUGCUGAAGAAGGAGCCAAAAUUCCUAUAGGGUGGAUUUUGCCUAAAAGUCAAAACACUUUGGAUAGCUGGAAUCAGUACUUGGAUCGCAGCACUUUGCCUCUAUAA